AUGAAGGACAUGGCAUCAGGAAACCAUAGCACAGUGACUGGGUUCUUCUUGGCUGGACUCUCAGAGAAGCCAGAACUCCAGCUGCCUCUCUUCCUGCUCUUCCUAGGAAUCUACAUAGUCACUGUGGCAGGGAAUGUGGGCAUGAUCACACUGAUUGUACUCAGUUCCCACCUACACACACCCAUGUACUAUUUCCUCAGCAGUCUGUCCUUCAUUGACUUCUGUCAGUCUACCGUUGUUACUCCUAAAAUGCUGGUGAGUUUUGUGUCAGAGAAGAACCUCAUCUCCUACCCUGGAUGCAUGACUCAGCUUUUCUUCUUCAUCAUUUUUGCCAUUGCAGAGUGUUACAUAUUGGCUGCCAUGGCCUAUGACCGCUAUGUCGCCAUCUGCAACCCCUUGCUUUACAAUGUAACCAUGUCCUAUCAGACGUACAUUUUCCUGAUUUUGGGUGGGUAUAUUAUUGGGGUGCUCUGUGCAUUAGCCCACAUAGGCUUCAUGAUUAGAAUUAGUUUCUGCAAAUUAUAUGUGAUCAAUCACUAUUUCUGUGAUCUUCUUCCCCUCUUGAAGCUUGCAUGCUCUAAUACCUAUAUCAAUGAAAUGUUGAUUCUGGUUUUUGGUACAUUUAACAUCUCUGUCCCAGUCCUGACAAUUAUUACUUCCUAUAUCUUCAUCAUCGCCAGCAUCCUCCGCAUUCGCUCCACAGAGGGCAGGUCCAAAGCCUUCAGCACUUGCAGUUCCCACAUCUUGGCUGUUGCUGUUUUCUUUGGAUCUCUAGCUUUCAUGUACCUGCAGCCAUCAUCAGUCAGCUCCAUGGACCAAGGGAAAGUGUCCUCUGUGUUUUAUACUAUAAUUGUUCCCAUGCUGAACCCACUGAUCUACAGUUUGAGAAAUAAAGAUGUCAUUGUUGCUUUUAAAAAAAUGAUUGGAAGAAAACACUGA